UGCAAUUUUCAGAUCUACUCUUUCAUUACACGCACAAAUCAGAGACCACCACAAUCAAAAAAAAAAAAAAAAGAAGAGAUAAAGUGGGAGAAAGAAAGACAAACAACGAUUUAUAGAGGUCCACCACCAAAUUACUGGACCUACAUCCUCUUGAGCUCGCCUUAGAGGUGAUUGAGCUUGAAUCUACACUAAAAUGAUGAACUAGUUACAAGAUCUUCUGAGAUUCCAGCCACAGCGAAUCAGCAAAGGUCUUUUCACUCAACCUAAACACAAAGACUGGCUCUCGGAAUCUUAUCCCAUCAGUCAGCUGAUAAUAAGACUUCACGUGGAAGAAGUAUACCAAUCGUCAUGGAGCCACCAAGCAUGGAUAUUGAUGAGGAUCAGCGCUCCAUCCUGGCCUCUCGGAAGAAAUAUGAUGUUUUUAUCAGUUUCAGAGGAGAAGACACCCGCAACGGUUUUACUAGUCAUCUUUCUGCAGCACUCAAGAACGCGGGAAUUGAUUACUUUAUUGAUGAUGACAAACUGGAGCGAGGACAUGAGAUUUCCCAAGCACUUUUGGAUGCCAUCGACGACUCAACAUUUUCUGUAGUUAUAUUCUCAGAAAAUUAUGCAGCCUCGUCGUGGUGCUUGGAUGAGCUGGAGCAUAUCAUUCAAUGUAUGCAGCAGAAGAAGACGCAAAUUGUUUUGCCGGUGUUUUACCAUGUUGAUCCUUCGGAUGUGCGCAGACAGAAAAGAACUUACGCAGACGCAUUUGCAGAACAUGAACAACGACACAGCGAUUCUAUGAUACGAAGAUGGAAGGCUGCUCUAACCACGGCAGCUAAUCUUUCUGGAUGGCAUUUAUCCGAACUCAAGAAGGAAGCUGAUUUAGUGACUGAGAUUCUCAAUCAUAUACGAGGAAAAUUAAAUUCUACAUCUUCAAAGAGUAGUGGCCAUGGCCAUGGUGAUUAUUAUUUAAAACAAGGUUUAGUUGGAAUCAACAAGUGUGUUGCAGAUCUCAAUAAGUUGCUAUCGAUCGAUAAUGCCCCCAUUUUAGGGAUUUGGGGCAUGGGUGGGGUGGGUAAGACCACCCUUGCUUAUGUCAUGUUCGAAAAAUUUCGUCAUCAAUUUGAGAAUCAUUGCUUUCUUCAAAAUGUUAAAGAAGAACACCAAAAGCAUGGAUCAGAUUUGGAGAGACAAUUUUUUCAAAGACUGUCAAAAGAAGAAAAUAUAUACUUGGAAGAUUUGGGUUCCAUAAAGGAUAGGCUAUAUCAUAAGAAGUUGCUUAUAGUUCUUGAUGAUGUGGAUGACUUGGAUGUCUGUAAUUCUUUACUUAAAGAUCGUCAUGCUUGGUUAAAUUCUGAAAGUAAAGUUAUCGUAACAAGUAGAGAUCAACAAGUGCUUCGAAAUAUUAUUGGAGAUGAUGAUGAAAAGAUGAUAUAUCGCCUCGACAUACUAAAUGAAAAGGAAGCUCUUGAACUCUUCUAUUUGCAUGCCUUCAAAGGUAAAGCUGUUGAUCAAAACUACAAAGAACUGUCAGAGAAGUUUGUAGAUUAUGCUAAAGGUCUUCCACUUGCUCUCAAAGUUUUGGGUUCUCAUCUAUUUUCAAAGAAGAUAGAAGUAUGGCAAAGCAUGUUGAGUAAGCUAAAAGAAGUAAACCCCGAUCAAAGAAUAGUAAAGGUGCUACGAAUAAGUUUUGAUGGCCUAGAAGAAAUAGAGAAGAACAUAUUUCUUGAUAUAGCAUGUUUCUUCCGGGGCCACACAGAAAAGUAUGCGAAAGAUGUGUUGGAUGCUUGUUAUGGUAGUUCUUGUGAUGCUAUUGAAGUUCUUGUUGACAAGUGUUUGAUAACUAAAGAUGUGUUGGAUUAUUAUGAGGAUUAUUAUGGGGAAGAAAGAAGUUUUAUUAUACUUGAAAUGCAUGAUUUGUUGCAAGAAAUGGGUCAGUCGAUUGCUUGUGGGUCAAAUGAUAAUUGUUUGGAAAACUAUAGUAGACUGUGGAGGCACGAAGAUAUCUGCCACGUCUUGGAAAAUAAUAUAGGCACUUCAAAAAUUAAAGGGAUAUUUGUUGAUGAUUAUCACAUACAAGGAGAAGGAGAGAUAAACUUGGACCCUUCAGUCUUUAAAAAAAUGUCAAGUCUAAAAUUGCUUCAACUAUCAAUCAUGUAUAAACCAUUUCAGCUUCCUCAUGGUUUAGACUCUUUUCCUAUAGAGCUUAGAUAUCUUGAAUGGUAUGACUACCCUUCGAAAUCUUUAGGGUCAAAAUUUACACUGGGUAAUCUUGUCCAUCUUAGUAUGCCUCGGAGCCGGCUUGAGAAACUAUGGGAUGGAAUUCAGGAUCUUAAAAACUUAAAACAUGUCGAUCUAAGUUCCUCAAAGAAGUUAACUUGUCUCCCAAAUCUCUCGAGAGCAAAUCUUUGUCACAUGGACCUACACGGUUGUAUAAGUUUGGUUGAGCUUCCUCCUUUAAGGUCUCACAACGUUCAUGAUGGAGAACUUCGACUCACUGGGUGCUAUAAUCUGAGAAUUGUUUCAGAGAUGUUUGGUAAUAUCAAAAUCAUAAAUUUGUCUUGGAUAGCAAUAGAAGAAUUACACUCUUCCAUUGGCUAUCUUAAGAAUCUUCAUGGGCUCUAUAUCUUCAACUGUAAACAUCUUAAGAAGCUUCCCAGCAGUAUUUGUUAUUCUGAAUCAUUGCAAGUUCUACGUAUGAGUAGAUGUGUGUCCAUCGACAAGUUUCCAGAGCUUCCCAAAAAUAUAAAAGAGUUAGAUUUGAGUGAAACAUCGAUACGACAAAUCAAUUCAUCAUCCUUUGAGUGCAUGCCUUAUCUUGUGUCUUUAGACAUGAGAAGAUGCACAAUGCUUGAAAGCCUCCCAACCACCAUUUGUAAGUUGAAGUCUCUUGAAAAACUGUCUUUCCACAAUUGCUCACAACUAAAAAGUUUUCCGGAAAUCUUGGAGUCUAUGGAGAAUCUGAAAGAACUUUAUCUAGAUGGAACAUGGAUUGAUGAGGUUCCACAACCCAUUGAGUAUCUACCUAAGCUUAAAAUUUUAGACUUGAGCGAAUGCGAAAAUCUCAAGUCUAUUCCAAUGUCUAACAUUUAUAAUAUGCCCAACAUUUAUGUGGUCUACAUUGAUGAAUAUCAAAGAGAUCAAAAUUGGGCAGUUUUGUUAGAUGUUUGGAUUUCCGAAACUCUUCAACAGUCUAAGUGUAGAUGUUCUUGUUCGAAUACAAAUCUAAUCUCUAUCCUAAAAUGGAAUGCUCUAUGUAACUAUUAUAAAUUUUGGAAAGAUUUCACUUGUUGUGAAUGCUUUUUGCUCUACACAAUACACAAUAUUCUAACGGGCAAAGCUUUGCAAGAUACAAUUUUCAGACCAAAAUAUUCAGUAGAGAAAAAGGCUUUGUAUUGUCCUAGAGUGAACUUUUGUUAUCCAGGAAAUAAAAUUCCCCAGUGGUUUGCUUAUAAGUCUAUGGGAUUUGCACUACCUGUAGACUCUGCUCCAUCGACUUGGAUUGGUGAUGAAAGCUUCUUAGGCAUUGUUAUAUGCCUUGUUGUUGAUUUGGGGAAUUUCAAUGAUUUGACCAUACUUUGUGAAAUCCAUUGUUUAACCUCUUUGGAUGAAUCACACUUGUUCUGUUCAUAUCUAAAGAUCACACAAAAACAUACUCAAUGCGAUACAGAUCGAGUGUUCAUACUUUAUCUUACAAGAGAUGACAUUUAUAAGGGAAAGAUUGCUUCAUUUAAGUUUAACAUUUAUCGCCCACCGAGAAUAAUAAAUAGUGGAAUCGACUGGAUAUAUGUGGAAGAUGCAGAGAAGUUUGGUACUAUAAAAGAAUGUGGAAUCCGCUUCAUAUACAAGAAAGAUGCAGAGGAGUUUGGUACUAUACAUGAAGAAACACGUAACGCUAAGAGAACUAAAAUAUAAAAAGUGUUUAAGUUUGGAACUUGCAUUAUGGACUGACAAAGAUGUUGAUCUUUCAAGCUACACAUUGGUCUUCGAUUGAUAUGAUUGCAUUCAUGUGAAUUGGUACUCUCUUGAAAUGUUGUUUGGUGGACCAGCUCUUUUGUUUUGGAUGAAUGUACUCUUUUUCAUUUCUAGAGAUUUUUCCCAAUUGAGUUUUGCUCUUUAAAGAUUUUAACCAGACAUUGCUAUAAAUACAUUACAAUGGUUUUGUUUUGGAAAAAUUGUGUAUUCUUAUUUGUGUUGUACUUUGGCUUUCUAUUUUGCUGUAUUUAGACUAUGCUUUAUUUUAUUUUUUUUCCUGUAAUAUACAUGAUGGAAUAUUUCUCUACAGACUGGAUAUAAUUAGAUUGCUUUAUUUUUUUGA